UCCAGUCGGAGCGCGUCGCGUGCGCCGGCGUCUGCGCUCCAUUUACAAAACGCAUCUCAUAACAUACAUUUGGAGUGGAUAUUGUGCCUGGUUAACUUAUAUAUGUGAAGUAGUGACUUGACUUGUAUGUGUUGUGAAUGUGGUUUAAUGACUAGUAAAUAAAACUGAGAUUUCAUUAAUUUGAAAUAAUUCGGGAAAAAUAUUAAAUUUUAAUAACAACUAGAUAAACAGAUAUUACAACCUGAAGGGUCGGCAUGGUUCUCAAAAUAAUGUGUAGACAAACUACAGCAACAAAAUAAGAAGCGAGCGCCGCGAGAUUAUUACGAAGAUAUUUUUUUCCUGCAGUUUAAUCUGUAACAUAUUGCUUUGUGUAAUUUAAUACCAGUACGCCCACUCGUUAUCUGGCGAAUAUUGUUAUUUUUCCAUCGCUUUAACCGUGAAACAGUAUAAUAUUAUUGAAGCCAGUUGUAUCGUAAAUAAAACUAUUCAGAUUUGAACCGUGAUAAACAUGGAGUUCCGUACUCCUCAGUUAAACAGUGAACUAAUACAAAGUGUAUAUUCAACAUCUUCGGGACACAGAACACCGUCGGUAGUAAUAGAAGAUCUCAGCGAAGAGGGGCUAUAUCCCGUGAAUGACAAUUAUCUAAUAACUUAUCCAGACAGCGAAGUCGAAUCGGAUGACAUGAAAAAGCCGAUUUGUGACGACAAGAACGAGACUGCUGAACUUCUUAAUCGUUGUUACGAGAAUCCCCUUUUCAUUCCGCCAAGCGAAGUUUUAAAAGAUGAGAUAAGUGACGACGGCGACAGUCAGGAACUAAUGAAGAGUGAGGCAAAAAAGUUUAAGGAUUAUAAGUUUUGUGAGGCAGUUAACGACUUCGACAUCGAGUUAGAAGCGGGUGAAGCGGUGCCUAUAGUGUACCUGUCGACGACGCGCGCCGCGCGGCUGCAGAGAGCACUUCGACUCGCCGGAUACAAAAAGUUGGGGGAAGGGGUGGAGUUGACGUUGGGCGAGCUGCGCGCCAUGGCGCUCCGACAGCAACAGCAGAUCGACACGCAGCACCAGCUGCUGUGCGCGAAGGAGCAGCGGCUGCGGUACCUCAAGCAGCAGGAGGCGAGGCAGCAUCAGGUGGCAGUAGAAGGCGAGCGGUUAAGGCGGUUACGAGAGCGCGUAGAAGCGCAGGAGCUGAAGCUACGACGGCUACGAGCGCUACGCGGGCAGCUUGACAGAAACAAGCAGGCGAACAUCGCACUUACUAGCGACUUGGAGUCGAUACGAGCGCUGUUCAAUGAGAAAGAGAAGGAACUCUCGGUGGCGGUGGCCAAGGUGGAGGAGCUGACGAGGCAGCUCGAGGAGCUCCGCCGUGGCAGGGUGCAGCCGGCGCCGCCUUCCGCGCAUGAGCUGGAUAAACUCAGGCGAGAGCUUAUGUACCGUAACAAGCUGAACGAGCAGCAAAACGGCAGACUGUCGGCGCAGCGCGCAGCGCUCGGCGCUCGGCAGGAAGAGAUGCGCAGCAUCGACCGCCGCGUAUCAGAGCUGCAGGCGCGUCUGCUCCGCAAGAGGGCGCUGAACCGACAACUCGCCGCCGCGCACAGGCAGCCACAGCAGCAAAGCAGGACGAGCAACCCACCACCGAUGCAGCAGUUGCCGAGCUACUCAGCAGGCACUGGCGUGAAUGUCAAUAGUCAACCAAAGAACCAGCCGGCGCGCGGCAACGUCGCCGCCGUCGAGCCCUACAACCACGUGCCGCACGCGCACAGCGUUACCCAUAACAACAAUUUCACUGCAAUGAAGCAAAACGUAAUACAAAACAAUGUGCCAUUGAAACAACUCACACAGAGUGACAACAUACAAAGCCAUAUCACACAAGAAGCUCAUUUCGUGCAGCAGAAACAAAUGGUUAACCCAAUAUUUAAUGGAUACCCCCACACGCAAACGCAAGACAGUCAGUAUCCCGGGCAGUACCCAAACAAACAUGAGAAUUUCCACGUACAGCAAGGGAUAAGUACUGCAUAUGAGCAGAAAACCGACAAAUAUCAAGACUACUUAAAACCCCAAUACAGUCCGAAUAGCACAAGCAGUUCAAAUAGCAACCAAACUGGUAAAGAAUUGAAAAUAAAUGAACAAGAAUUCCUCCCAGAAUUUGCGGCUAGCAAAUCUGAUCCAAAGUAUCAAACGCUGCCGUAUAACACUAAAUUCCCUCAAAACAAUGGUAAGAAGCCAGACAAGAACAACGAAAACCAAGAUCCGAAGACUGCUAUAAACGUGAAUCAUAUGACAGUCCAUUCUACGCCUCUAUCUGUUGUGAACAAGAGUUUGGCAACGCCUCUAAGUCAAGCUGAAGCAGCAUAUCAACAAGAACUAACAUAUCAGUUGCAAAAAUCCGAUUCCUCAACAAGGUGUAACCAAGAGGGGAAGGAAAAUCAUGCAUAUCCUCAAAAUAGGCUAAGUCAAGGCAGUCAGAAUGACUCGAAAAAUAGUGCGGGCAAGAGUCAGCAGAGCAGCGUCUUGAAAGGAAGCUCGCCGAGUCUGGGCUCCAGCACGUCUGCUAGUUCUAUAGGAUUUGGGAAGCCCGUAUCGAGUGUAGCACCCACAUCAGUACAGGUGUCAAGUGGCAAACCGUCACCCAUAUAUCAAACAUCAUCCACUAAGAUACAACCGGUCCAACCGCAAACGGUUCAGACCCAAAGUAUUGCAUCAUCCAAUCAUGUAGCUAGUAACGUGACGUCCCAACCCCAGAUGAUUAGGAACACGGCGUCAGGGUUGUCCACGAGUGCCAGUAACUUCGGCGGACAGAACGCCUCUUCGCAGAGCAUACUGUUGUCGCCACCGCAAAGCGCCAGCACGCCGCUCUCUACUCCGGAUGUUAGUACGGACAAGUCUCCGAAGCCGGCGUUGCCUCCCAAACCGACGAUCAAGACCCCACCCAGACAAUCGGUGAACAACGACAUAUCCACCACGUUUAACCAGACAGAUACGACACCAAUGCCCACCAUACCACUGCCGGAGUCAUCAAACGACAGUGAACAAACACAGAGCCAAAAAGAGUCCAGUAAUGGUAGUAAUAACAACGAAAUGAUUAUCAAAGCUCGGCCUUUAACAAUAAGAAAGCCACCGCUUAGCGAACAGCCUAAAUUAAGAAACCUAAAUAACGCUAAGAAUGGUAUAAGUGUAAGCAUAAAUCGACGGAUUGAAAUGCCGCCAGCAUUUUUGUUUCCUGAAAUGGAUCAUUUGAACAUUGAAAAUGAAAACGGCCUAAAAGAUAAAACGAAACUGAAGGACGAAGUAGAUAGAUCUGUGAGUGACAAAGAGGAUAGUAAAGAUAACAAUAUAGUGUCAGAUAUAACGGAGCAGAUUAGUUCGGUAGAUUUGAACGGUCAGGAUUCUCAGGGGCCUGAGAAUGUACUGAGGCGGACAAAGAAGGGCAACUUGAAACAAGGUGGCAAAGCGCCGCUCGCUAGGCGUGUAAGCUUCGAUCCCCUCGCGCUGCUGUUGGAUGCCAGUUUAGAAGGAGAGUUGGAGCUUGUUAAGAAAACGGCAACUCAGGUGCAGAAUGCAAGCGCUGCAAAUGACGAAGGGAUCACGGCCCUCCAUAAUGCUAUAUGCGCGGGUCAUUACGAGAUCGUCAAAUUCCUAGUGGAACUAGGCUGUGACGUGAACGCGCAAGAUUCAGACGGAUGGACGCCGCUUCAUUGCGCUGCGUCUUGCAACAAUCUGUCCAUGGUCCGCUUCCUCGUCGAUAAUGGCGCGUGUAUAUUCGCAACGACUCUUUCUGAUCACGAGACGGCAGCUGAGAAAUGCGAAGAAGAUGAGGAAGGUUUCGAUGGAUGUUCAGAAUACCUCUACAGCGUUCAGGAGAAACUCGGCAUAAUGAACAACGGUGUGGUGUACGCGGUGUUCUCGUACACGGCGGCGCGCGGCGACGAGCUCUCGUUCGAGACGGGCGCGCGGCUCCAGGUGCUGCGCAAGGGCGACGACAACGAGCGCGAGUGGUGGUGGUGCCGCGACGACGCAGGCCACGAGGGAUACGUGCCCAGGAACUUGCUUGGGUUAUAUCCACGAGUAACCCCGCAGCAAGAUUGAAAAAAAAUAUUAAUAUUAUGACCUAAUUAUUUUGUAAAUACAAUUAGUUCUUUUUAUUUUUUAUGUAUUUAUAUCACUGUAAUCUAAAAUAUCGAAUAUUGUAUACAAUUUUAUCAGAUCUAAUAUUUUGUAAAUAUGUAACUGUUUUAAGUUCAAAACGAAUGAGAUUAUAUUGUACAUUUUAUAAAUAUUGUGAGUCAUCAUUGAUAUUGGUCAUAAAAUUUGUAUAUUGUUCUUAGCAUGUCUGCAAAUGUUGUGAGAUAUUACACAUAAAUUGACAAUACAAAUAAUUAUGAAGAAAUA